CUCGGAUGGAGAUUGGACAACAACGUAAAACGUGAAAUCUGCCAAGCACGGAAAUGGACAUUCUAGUGAGAUCUUCUUGAAAUCACACAUCGCGUCUGAAUAUAUAUGAAUAAAAAUAAUAAUAAAAUCUGCGCGACUUUUCCCUUCCAAAAAGAGAGACAACAGAAAACAGUCAGAUGUUUACGGAAUAGACCAUGUUGGGAGGUGUUAAAAUGGAAGAGGGCAGGCCAGGCGCAGAAUCCCGUUCAUCACUGCUUGAUUUAAGCCACAGAUCCGUAUGUGAAGGCUGCAAGAGAGUCAUCUAUGAUAAAUUUCUUCUGAGAGUCAACGGCAGCUUCUGGCACGAACAAUGCGUCCAUUGUGCAGUUUGCAGAGCACCACUACAAAUAAGUUGUUUUCUAAGGGAAAAAAGACUGUACUGCAAACGUGACUACGAAAAGCUAUUUGCAGUAAAGUGCAGUGGGUGCCUGGAGUCUAUUAUGCCAAAAGAGUUUGUGAUGCGGGCCAGAAAGAGCGUGUACCACCUCCGCUGCUUCAGCUGCUGCGUUUGUGAGCGACAACUCCAGAAAGGAGAUGAGUUUGUCCUGAAGGAGGGCCAACUACUCUGCAGGAGCGACUAUGACAAGGAACGAGAGCUGCUAAGGCUCAUCAGUCCUGCAGCUUUGGAAUCAGGUAACAGUGAUGUGGAGAGUGAAAACCUUGGCAAGUCAGCAAGUACUGGCAAGAAAGGAGAAGAGAGAGACAUCAAGCGACCUAAGCGUCCACGAACGAUCCUGACAACACAGCAGAGGCGUGCUUUUAAAGCCUCCUUUGAGAUUUCCUCGAAACCUUGCAGAAAGGUAAGAGAGACUCUGGCAGCAGAGACUGGGCUGAGCGUCCGUGUCGUUCAAGUUUGGUUUCAGAACCAAAGAGCAAAGAUGAAGAAGCUUGCAAGGAGACAGCAGCAACAACAGCAUGAAGAUCACCACAACACUCAAAGAUUACUCUCAGGUGCACACAUUUCUGAAAUCAGAAUGGCUUUAGUCAUAGCCAUGGAGCACAGCACCUUCAAGACAGAUCCUUUCCAGCAGGGUCUCGGGGUCUGCUGGAGCCAAAUGCCUGGUGACCACAUGCAUCCAUUUGGUAAUGAAUCCGUUUUCCAUGAGAUGGACAGCGAUACAUCGCUCAGUAACCUUGGGGACUGCUUCCUCUCAACACCAGAAACUGGACCUGGCCUCAUGAAUCCUAUUGAUCGCCUCUAUUCCAUGCAAGAUUCCUAUUUUGCUACAUAGAUUCUUCAGUAUGACCGUACCGGCACGAUACCUUUAAAGGGACCAGAGAAACCUCCUGCUGUCGUACAUUUUAAAGCAAACUUCUGUAUUUAUUCAACAUAUCAUGACAUUAAUAAUGUGGAGUAUUGCACACUUGGAUGGGGCGCUUUAAAGAGCACUUAAAUGUUAUUCUGCUUUGCGAUUUAAGAGAACAACAUAAAGUUUAAAAAGGAAGAUGCUGCAUGUAUUGUGUCUUUUUAAAAACAGGUUUGGACAUUUGGUCAUCUUUUCAACCAUUACAAAUGGUACAGUGUAAUAUUUAAUUAUGUUUUUCAUUUCUAUGUUAAAUGUAUAUUUAAUUUAAUAAGAAAUAAUGUAAAAUUUGUUAAGGACUGUGUUCUGUGCAAAAUGAUCUCCAAAAGAAUGAAUGUAAGAGACUGUGAUAAUUCAAAUAAUGCGAGUAGGAUGAUGGCAUGCUGCUAUUUUAGACAAGCAAUGUGAAAUAAGAAGACCAUUCCACUUCUGGCUGUCAUAACUCAAAUAUUGGCCUGACUUUUAUUUCAUCUGAUAACAAUGUCUCUGUAGAGUGAAAAAGUAAAUGUUAUUCCUAUGCUGAAAAAAGAAAAGAAACAUGGAGACAUAAUGUUUUGGCUGUGUGGCCUUCAUCAGAUGUGUGACCUUCUUUCUAUCUUCAGUUACUUCAUACGCAAAGGAUAAGACAGGAAAUAUUUAUUUAAAUUCUUUACCAGUAUAUAAUCCAACUUGUAUAUUCUGUGUGGAAGUAUAUGACUAAAGUGUGUGUCAUUUUUCAACUAAAACAAUCUAAAUAAAAAAUAGUCUA